AUGUCGAUUUUGCUACUGCUUAGCAUCGAGAAGCUUACUCCCACCCAAGCUAAGAGUCUGGAUGGGAACUAUCACCAGUAUUCUAAUCAACACGAUGCUCACAGAAGCUUGGUCAGACUCACUCGCCGGCGAAUGAACCAGGAGCUCAAUUUAAAGAUGCCAGUAACUGAACCUUGUGACGGACGAAUCUGUGCCACAGUCGCUGGAAAAGUGAUAGGCGCCCGACUAGCUGCAGCAGCCCCCUGCGCGCGGCAGGAUAUAGCCGAUCAACUUAUAACGGACGCCAAGGUGUGGUAUUGCCAACCACAGACGAAUCCUUUGGUCAAAGACGAUAAAUUGCGUGUGCAGUUGAUUGCAUGGGCAAAACUCAUCUGUGAGUCGGAGAAAAAUACUCACCCCGAUUAUUCAAAGAAUCCCCAAACACAAAGAAAUUUCUUGUAUUGUCUAAAGGCUCCGGUCAAUCAUGAAUUGGAUGAUUGUAUUCCUAAACAAUUUGAGGGCAAUGAUCCGAAUGUAUUUUUUGAUCCCAAGGUAGGAAGUGUGGCUCUGGGUUCCAGACCCGAAACAUUUCCGCGCCAGAAACAGCCUGGUGGAUCAACAACACAAACACAGAAUGCAUCCACUGCAGUGACCGCACCUGCAAAUGCGACUUCAUCCACUGCAGUGACCGCACCUGCAAAUGCGACUUCAUCCACUACAGUGACUGCACCUGCUAAUACGACUACGUCCACUACAACGACUGAACCUGCUAAUUCGACUACAUCCACUACAGUGACUGAACCUAUUAAUACAACUACAUCUACGCUACAACUAUUGUCGGAUUCGACGCCUACCACCACGGAUUCAAAUAAAGAUAAUAAUAGUCCCAAGACAGACAAUUCCGAUCAGGGGGGGAAGAAAGGAGCUGUAGACGCCUCAAAGGGAAAGGUUGUUGAUGCUUCCACACUCCCUGAGAAGUGCAAUAAGCCCGAGGUUCGAUAUGACGGUGGUCUCGGGGGCAGAAAGGCUACCGAAAUGAGCUAUGAGCCAGUAGACAAAACAUUUUAUGCCCAUGGGACAGCAUUGAGUAAGUCUGGACCAAAAAGCGAGUUUCUUUAUUGCGUGUGCAUAAAUCGUCCGCUAACGCCCUGGUCACAUUGUACUGGAAAAGAUUUUCAAAUUAUAACCGAUGCAAUGUGUGACAAGAUUCUUGCAUGUCUCAAAGGGGCCAACAAGAAAGAAGACGAGGUGCAAAAAGUAUUCAAAAGCUGUAAAGACGUGUCCAAAGCUAUAGGACCGGUCAAGAAGGAUGGAAAGGCUGCAGAUGACUGGAAUGCAGCGUACGUUUGGCAAAGGCUGAUAUUAGAUGAUUACUCAGUGGAAUCUCCACCAACUUGA